AUGGACAAGGUCAACGUUUCGGGGUUGAAGGCGAUGCGGAAUGGGAUGAUAACGUUCGUCAAGGAGCACAUCGCUCAGAAACGGGCGGGCCAUGUCGGAAUUGCGGUCGACGCCUGUGACGACGACGGCGAGGAUCCCCCUGUCGCCCACACCGUCGAUGAUGCGCGUGGGACUUCGCUCGGAGAGCCCGGAGGCGGCGUCGACAAGGCAGCUGAGGAGGCAGGAAGGGCGGUGACUGGGACCGCGGAGGAGCACCAGGACGGUAACGGGGAUCAGGAAGAGGAGGAUGAUAACGAGUAUCAGGAAGAGGAGGACCAUGGGAAUCGUGAGGAGCAGGAGGAGAAGCAGGAGGAGGAGGAGGAGGAGGAGGAGGAGGAGGAGGAGGAGGAGGAGGAGGAGGAGGAGGAGGAGGAGGAGGGGGGGGGGCUCGGCGGAGGAGGAGGAGGCGGAUGUCGGGGAGGCGGAGAAGCAGCAAGAGGGGGAGCAGGAGUCGGCGUGGAGGCGGAUGUUGUGAAUGGGGGAGGGGAUGAUGCCGACGAGGAGAAAGUCGGCGUGGAGGCGGCUCCCGGGGGGAGUGAGAAGGUCGUGGUCGGCGAUAUGGUUGGCGACCAGAAGGAAGUUGUCGACUUCGAGGCCGGUGAAGAAGGGGAUACCGCAGCGGCCACGAAGCAGACGGGCGUGGAAGGGCCUACCGAGGCCACCGUGGGGAAGGCCGUGGGGGAGGGGUCAAGGAAGAAGAAGGCGGCGCGUGGUCAUCCCGGUUCCUCCGCGUCCAGUCGGCAGGCACCUCUGGACGUCGUCGAGCAGCUGCGAGCGGAGAACAUGAGGUUGAGGGCCGACAACGCACGCCUGCAAAAGUCGCUCGGUGACCAGACGGGACGGGUCGACAUCUUGGCGAAGGCGGUAGCUGGACUCCUCGACAAGCUCACCGCGUUGACCGCUCAGGUCGCCGCCACCGAUCUGAAUGCGGCAAAACGUAUCGAAGUCGCCACUUCGGCCAUGUCGACCACUAUUGCCGACAUCAUCACCGACAACAUCUCUGAUGCCAUCGACGCUACGAAGUCGGUCUCCCGAAAGGUAGUGGACUGGCUGAAGGAUAUUGACGGUCCCCAAGGAACGAUGGCAUUCGAACGCGCAAAUGCGGUAACGUGUGUGGUCGAGCACCAGGACGCUGUGUGGAAAGGCUUGGAGGAGACCAUCAUCAGCCACAUCGGCGCCGCGCAAACCAACAUUGCCGCCGCGGUUUCACGCAACAUCGUCCUGCCGCCGCCGCCACCUCCUCCUCCCGCCCCAACUCAAGCCAUCUCGGAAGAGUUCCUUAAGGCGUUCAAGGCGGACGUGCUGAAAGCGGUGACGGAGGUCACACAGCAGUCGUUUGUUGCGUCCGGGCUAAAGGUAAUAACCGAGAUGAUCGGCAAUGUGGCGCCUGGUCGACGUCGGUCGUCGCCGUCGGCCAACGACGCCGGCCAAGCGCAACGACAGGAUGCUCAGAAACAGGGUCAGAAGAGGGGGGCCGGAGGCGGCGGGGGAGACGGAGGCGAUUCAACGAGUGCUAAGCGGAGUAAGGGAGUCGAUGGGAGCCGCGGCGUCGGCGCGGUGGGUCCUGGCGGCUCGUGGACUCAAGGUCAGAGCGUUGUCGACCAUCUCAAGAAGAACGGGGCCGAGGUGAUAAGGUCGCACCGCAAGGGCGAUGGAAUCUGCAGUGCAGAUGGGGGCCCUGCCGACGAGGUUGCCGCUCAAGACGCUGGACCAACAGCCCCGCCCUUGGUCGCCGACAAUGAGAUCCCAACCGCUCUAACGGCGGUAGAUGGCGGCGCCAUAACCGUCAAGGGACCGUCUCUCGGGGUGGCAGGGACCACGUCGAUUCCCCGUAACCCCCCUGCGGCCAGCAGCGCGCCGGUCGGCCAGUCAGCCGCCAACAACGAUGGGCCGGCCCUUGCGGCUACUCCAGCUCCAGCAGGCCCGUCUGCCGCCAAGGACGCUGCGGCUAACCGCGAUGGUCCGUCCGCCAAAGCGGUGCCCGCAGCGGCGAACUCGCUCAGGGAAAUGCUCCACCGCAUGGAGACCCAUCGCAAGGACGUGCAGAAGCCUCCCUUGGUCGAUGCCGCCCCUGCCGAAACAGCACGUCGCUCGGUCACUUCGCAGGUCGCCGACACAACGCCCAACGCCCCACCUACCGCGCCUCUGGUCGCCGCCCGUCCUCCCGCGGACCCGAAGUCCGCAUUGCUUCGCGCCCGGUUAGGCACACGUACUGCGGCAGUGCCAACACGGACUCAGCCGGAAGCCGGCUCAAGCGCGACGCCGACAACGGUAAACGUUGCUGCUCCCACACCCGGUGCAGCUGUUGUCGAUGCGGCGGCUGAGAAGGGCGUGAGUGCAGCGCUAGCCACCGGCGGCGUAGCCGUUGACCCUGCUAAGGCGGCGAAAGCCCACAACGACGCCGACCUCGCUGCCAUCCAGGACCUGUUGGAAGCGGUACAUCGCCCCGGGCCCCCCCCUGCUCUGGCCAUCGCGGACACGGCGCAUGUGGAGCCCUCGGCGAGUCACCCGGGGAAAGGGAGGGCGAGCUCUCAGAGGAAAACACGGGCGAAGUUGGCGGCGGAGGAGAAUCUGGAAGAGAAGUCGGUCGGCGAGGGUACGUCAGCGAAGAAAGGGAAGGAGAAGGCGGCGGAGAAGGAGAAGGAGAAGGAGAAGGAGGAGAAGAAGGAGGAGGAGGAGGAGAAGGAGAAGGAGAAAGGACGACGGAAGGGUCAUGGCAUCCGCCACGACAGCUCGGGCGACGGGCAAAGGUGGGUGGGCGAGAUUAAGGUGCUCAAUUUGAAUCGAUACAUCGGCAAGUCGCGCGACUUCAUGGAGCUGGCGUACCUGCACUCGAUUGCGUACAUCGUGUACGACGGUUAUGUCAGCAAGGUCCUCAUGGACGAGCUCACCGGCUUGAAGGAUACCGAGUUGGAGGAGUGGAGGAAGGUGUGGGAGGAGGUCAAGAUACUGCCGACAGGGAUGUGGACGGUGAUAUGGGCACGGGGCGCGUACCUUCCAAAAACACGGUUCGAUGAUAUCCUCGGCAAGUAUCGAGCGUACACGGGCUCAGGCGAUGAGCACCACGACGCGCUCUUGCCGGCGAUCUGGUUCCCCGUCGAUGCCGACACGAAGGAAGGCCAGGAGAAGUCGGAUGCUAUGAUUUCGGCCAUGAUAGGUCGCAUGUCCAUGUGCGCGGCGUAUGGGAAGGUCGCUGCGAGCGCGGCGAAGAAGGAGAGAGACACGGCGGAGAAGACGGAGAUGGCGGCACAAGCGUGGUCGGCAUCGGCUUGCGCCUUGUGGUGCUUAGUCGAGAACGAUGGUGCCCAGGUGGUCGAUGCUGUGGGCGAAGGGAAGGCGGCGGCGAUGGUGGUCGGUGCGAGCGAGAAGACCGCAAGUGUCUUCAAGGAUGUCAUGCAGGCGGUGCUGGAGGUCGAGAUCGACAGGGAGCAACCCCUCGGGGAGGUCGCGCACAACGUCGCGCCGGCGCUGCAGAGUACCGCUCUGCAAAGGGUCUAUCCGGGGAGGGAUGCUGAUGUCGAAGCCGUCGUCAUCGCUAGAGCUAUGGUGGAGACCAUGGCGUUCUGGGGAAUGUGCCCCGUCGCCGAGCCGAAACUCGAAGGGAUCGGCAUCGCGGUGCCGUGUGACGCGCAGAUGGAGCACGAUUUUAAAGAAAGGGGGAGGAAGGGGCAGAGGGGCAAGCAGGGCAAGGACAUCACGGGGAAGAAGGGGAAGAAGGGCAGGAAGGGCAAGGACAGCACGGCGGCGUAG